AUGUCAAACCUACCGAAUGAAAGAAUUAGGCCUACGCUUCCAUUUGAAGUGACCGGAGUUGAUUAUGCCGGCCCAUUCUAUAUUUUGAACAAACCAGGUAAAGGAGCUAAACUUGAUAAAUGUUAUUUGGCUAUUUUCGUUUGUUUUUGCACUAAGGCAAUACAUUGCGAAAUAGUAACUGAUUUAACUUCCAACAAUUUCUUAGCAUGCUUAAAACGCUUUGUAUCUAGACGAGGUGUUCCCAAAAUAAUAUAUUCCGAUAACGGAACUACAUUUCACGGCACUAACAACUUAUUGAAAGAUCUUAGUAAAUUUUUAUUUAACAAUCAGGCCUCUAUUGUCAAUUCUACCAGUCAAUAUAAUAUACAAUGGAAGUUUAUUCCUCCGUACACCCCAAAUCAUGGCGGAUUGUGGGAAGCAGCCGUUAAAAGUUGCAAAUUUCAUUUGAAGCGAGCUCUUAUUAAUAAUAAUGUGACUUACGAAGAAAUGUGCACCUUAGUGAUACAAAUCGAAGGUGCAGCAAACUGUGAAAACUACCAAUUACAAACUUAUGAACAGCCCCAAAUAACUGAACUACCACAAAACCCCACCCAACCUUCCCAGCAGCCCCAAAAUACCGAAGUCAAUACUCCACAAGCACACACCAAGAUCCAAUCAGAAAUCCCUAUAACACCUCACUCCCAGAAUGUACCCCCCAUAAACAUAAAAGAAAUUCCCAAACAUAUCAAUCGGACUACACGUCUGAAACGACGCAAUCCUGUGCCGUGGUGGAAUAGCGACUGCGAAUCAGCAAUUAAGAGCAACAAAAAAGCUUUCAAUAGAUAUAAAAGACACAAUACAUCAGCAAACAAAAUCGAAUUCUUGGAAACCCGAGCUGAAGCUAGACGUACAAUAAAAACUGCUAAACGCAAAUCAUGGACAGAAUACGUCUCUACAAUAAAUUCUGAAACACCCAUGACGGAGGUAUGGGAAAGAGUGAGAAAAAUAUCAGGACUUUACAAGCACCAUAAUAUACAAAUACUAGAGAAAGACGGACGCACAACCACAGAUAACUCCAAAAUAGUCUCAAUACUAGCUACCACUUACAAAAACCGCUCCAUCACCCGCAAUUACGAUGAUACUGUUAUUACCCAUGAGAGAGAAGAAAAGGAUGAGUUAAUGAUACAGUUCGAUGAAAACGAACCCAUCAAUUUACCCAUUACCACCCAAGAAUAUGAUGAAGCUCUUUCAAGCCUGAAAGAAACGUCACCAGGACCAAAUGAAAUACCAGUUGUCUUCUUGAAACAUCUCCCCUUAAUUGCUCACGAAUACAUCCUUAACCUGUUCAAUACCAUCUGGCUGCAGCAUAACUUUCCUGAAAAGUGGCGUGAAUCCAUAAUAAUUCCUAUACUGAAACCACAAACCAGUAGAAUCCAUCCUGAAUUCUAUAGACCCAUAUCACUCACAUGUGCUAUGUGA